AUGUCUUUGAAAACGCCAGAAAAAGCGACGUCGGCGGAUCGCAUGGAACAGCGCGCCAUCAUUAAAUUCUGCGUGGACUCGGGGAAAACACCUAUCGAAACGAAACAAAUGAUGGAGAACACAAAAAGGCAUCGACACAUAUCAAGAUCACUAGUCUACAAGUGGCACAAACGAUUUUCGGAUGGAGUUUGCGAUUUAAAAGACGCUGAAAGAAGUGGAAGGCCUUUGCUUUGUGACGAUAUAACGAAAUCCCGCAUUCAUGACAUUGUCAUGAAGGACAGACGUCUGACGUUAAGAGAAGUCGCGUCAAUAAGUGAUGUUAGCAAAUCUUCGGUUUUUAUUAUCCUCACUGAAGACUUCUGUAUGAGUCGUGUUUGCGCAAGAUGGGUGCCCAGACUUUUAUCCGAUGAGCACAAAAAAAGACGAAUGCAGACAAGUAAGGCUUUCAUACAGAAUUUCAAAAGAGGAGGAGAGAAGUGGCUUGACAGAAUCAUUACUACGGACGAGACUUGGCUGCAUCAUUUUGAUCCAAAAACAAAAACAGAAUCCAGCAUUUGGAAACACCGGGGUUCACCAGCACCGAAAAAGGCGAAGGUUGCGAAAUCCGUGGGUAAACAAAUGUACAUAUUCUUUGCUGAUCGGCACGGAAUGAUUUUGGUCCACGCUGUACCCUCCGGUCAGACGGUGUUACGCCGCGACUUAGUUAAGGCAAUUAAGAAAACACGCCCUGCCAUGGCUGUGGACCUUGGAAAUAUCAUCCUACACCAAGAUAAUGCACCUGCACAUAUGGCAGCUUCCACGUGUCUGGAAAUCGAACUCCUAGGAUUCAAUCUUCUUGACCACCCGCCAUACAGUCCGGAUCUUGCUCCGAUGGAUUUUGCAAUUUUUCCUUUCAUCAAAUCACAGCUAAGAGGAGUAAGAUUUGAGAAUUCUGAUGAACUUAAAUAUGCUACUCGAACCAUUGUAUCUAAAAUCGACAGUAAAUGGUAUUCGGAUGUGUUCGAUUCAUGGCUAAGAAGGUGUGAGAAGUGUUUGCAGUGCAAAGGUGACUACGUUGAAAAGUAA